CACAUCACACAGUAGCGUUUUCUGCAAGUGUUAUUUUAAAAUAAAAACAACCAGAAGAUAGAAUCAUUAUUUCAACAUGCAUUUGGCAGUAAACAUAUCAAAUGCAUUACAACAAUUAGAGAGCGUCAAAGCUGCUGUGGAUCAAAGUGAUGAUCCAAAAUUGAAGGCUGCAACAGCAGAUGAUCUGAACAUGCUCAUAAGCCUUUUGGAGAGUCCCAUAUUAAAGAGCAUAGCAACCUUACAUGACUCAGUGGGCAUGCUGGCUACUCAAGUGGCUCACCACCCUUCGAUACUACCUGGUGACUUUGAUAUAACACCGUCUGGUGAUCUAGCUAUACAAGCAAGGAAUCUUUAUGGCAACCAAGAGGGAGAGGAGGAGCAGAGAGUGCCGCAGGUGUCACCACCACAGAGUAUUGAGUUUGGGUCUGGCUCUGACAAUGAACGCAUACUCGGUCUCGAUAGUGGAUCGGUUGACUCAAAUAUGUCACCUAAACAGGCUCGUGGAUUGUUAGACUUGUCUCGUAAUGAUGACUCCCUGGCGUCAACAUCACAUAACAUAGUAGCUGGAGACUGGGCUCAGGUUGAAAUCAUCAACCUGGUCAAUGAUGGCACUGGACUGGGUUUCGGUAUAAUUGGGGCUAGGACAAGUGGUGUGAUUGUAAAGACUAUUUUAGCUGGAGGCGUAGCUGAUCGAGAUGGUCGGCUUAAAUCUGGAGAUCACAUACUACAAAUUGGUGAUGCGCACCUGACAGAGAUGGGCUCGGAGCAGGUGGCGGGGGUGCUGCGCGCGUCGGGGUCGCGCGUGCGGCUCGUGGUGGCGCGGCCCGUGGACCCCGCCGCCGCGCACGCCGCGCCCUCCCCCGCGCCCGUCGUGCCGGCUCGCUUACUCUCGGACCCAGAGGCACUGGAUCGCUACCUGCUAGACGCCGGUUUCGAGCAAGUUUUCCACACGCAACCUACUCCUGCGACUGCCACCACCACAUCCUCUAGAUUCAUCUUCGAUAGGUCUAUCACUCCGCCGCCUGAGUCAGACGCUGAAUCGCCAGAGGUCGACAGAUUCACAGUUCAACUAAAAAAAGACGAAAAUGGUCUCGGAAUUACGAUAGCAGGUUACGUAUGCGAGAAAGAGGAACUUUCUGGAAUAUUCGUGAAGUCUGUAACGCCGGGCAGCGCGGCGGCGGUGAGCGGCAAGGUGCGGGUCAAUGACCGCAUCGUGGCCGUGGACGGGGUGUCUCUCGCCGGCAAGUCCAACCAGCGGGCCGUGGAUGCGCUCAAGCAGAGCGGGAACAUUGUCACCUUGGAGCUCGAGAGAUACCUCCGCGGGCCGAAGUUCGAGCAGCUGCAGCAAGCGAUAGCGGCCGGCGAGAGCGCGACGACGGCUGUCACCCCGCACAACCCCUUCCUGCACAUGCAUCGCAACGAGAACGCGCCCGCCGACCACGACAUACAGAUGACACAUCUGCAGAACUCCGUGGAGCUGAGCGUGGACGAGGCGCCGGAGUCAACGCCGCCCGCGUCCCCCGCGCUGGCGCCCGCGCCGCGCCCGCAGCCGCCCUUCGAGAUGCCGCGCACACACGAGCAGAAGGACGCUAUACGCAGGAAGUGGCAGGCCAUACUCGGUGAAGAUGUGGAGAUAGUAGUGGGCGUGGUGGUCCGCGGCGGCGGCGGCCUGGGCAUCUCUCUGGAGGGCACGGUGGACGUGGAGGGCGGGCGCGAAGUGCGGCCGCACCACUACGUGCGCUCAGUGCUGCCUGAGGGACCCGUGGGCCGCGCAGGCGUGCACCGACCCGGGGAUGAACUACUUGAGGUGAACGGGCACCGGCUGCUGGGCAUGAACCACCUGGAGGUGGUGUCGAUCCUCAAGGAGCUGUCCAGCGAGGUGUGCAUGGUGUGCGCGCGGCCGCGCCCCGCGCCCGCGCCGCCGCUCGACCUCGCGCCGCCCGCGCCCACGCUCGUCAAGGCUAAGUCGGAUGGCAGCCUGGCAGGCGCCGGCGCCGAGGAAGGCGGCUCGCUGUCGAGCGGGAAGGUUCGUUCGCGCAGCCUCGAGCCGCUCACCGGACUCGCCAUGUGGUCCUCCGAACCACAAAUUAUUGAGCUGGUGAAAGGCGAGCGCGGACUUGGGUUCUCGAUCCUGGACUACCAGGACCCGCUGCGGCCGGCGCACACGCUGGUCGUGAUCCGCUCGCUGGUGCCCGGCGGGGUCGCGCAGCAGGACGGACGACUCAUCCCGGGAGACAGGCUUCUCUUUGUUAAUGAUCAGAACUUAGAAGACGCGAGCUUAGAGCAAGCAGUGGCGGCCCUGAAGGGCGCCCCGCGCGGCGUGGUCCGCAUCGGCGUGGCUAAGCCCCUGCCGCUGGCGGACGCGCCCCCGCCGCUGCCCGCCGCCGCGCCGCCCGCGCUCCACUAGCCCACCCGCCCCGUCCUUGUCUGACCUCAAGCAUAAACAAUAAUACUACGUAAAGAACGGUAACUCUCCGCCCCGCACCAACUCGAAUUGGGCGCCCACCUCACCCCCUCUUGGGUUUUACUUUAGUAUAAAAAGGCCGUAAGCCGCUAGGGACUCCUUUAAGAAUGAGAUGUAUAGAAUGCCCGGGGUGUUCCGCAACCAUACUACUCGUAUUUGCGUUCUAGCAUGAUCUACGGUCACGAGCACUAAUAUGUUAUACACUUUGAAACCAUGUCACAUUAACUUUUUUGGCAAAUUAAACCGUAGGUCUCAUUAAAUGUCAAAUAUGAUAAUGCGACAGGGUUCUAAAGUGGGUACAUGAUAUUGCUCAUGCAUGAUUGUAUAUGACAACGGGACAGGAAGAUAGUGUACUAAAAUAAAAUUUGACAGCUGUCAAAAUAAAAUCCCUUACGCCUUAAAAUGUCUUACGCCAUGCUAAAACACAAAUACAGGGUGUUAGUGACAUCAUAACGAAAACAUUUGAUGAAAAUUCCAUUUGAUAUUAAUCAUGAGCUGAAUCCUCCCUCUCAGUAUUCAGUACGGUGUCACUAACACCGUACAGAUGUUUUAACAUUGUAUUAUUAAGUCCAAAUGUAUAACAGGAGAUAAGGAACACGAUGGUCUCGAAUUAACAAAAUUAUUAAUGCACUAUGGAAUUGUUACGCGGCUGAAUAAUCAACCAUUGCAUGAUGAUUUGACGUUUAAAUUAAUUUGACAUAAGAACUGAAUGUAUUUUGACAGUUUUAAAGUUAUAUAGGUGAUUACAUUUUAAUUUUAUAACUAAAAUGAUAGAGUUAUGAAAAGACGUAUUUUUAGCCAUGGUAUAAGAAAACCAGUUAUGCUCAAAAGUGACAGCUAACAUUUCAAGGUUAGCCCAGUUGACGUUAUCCCACCCUGGGUUGCCAUUUCGGAAAAAAUACAUUACCCACUACCAAUGUUUUUAAUUUACUUUGCAAGGAUUUUUUUAACUUUUAGUAGAAUAUUUACUUACAGUUUUAAUGAUUUUUACAUAUGUGACAAGUCAAUACUACUAAACCGUGUAAUUUUUAGACUGUAAUUCACUUAAUUUUCAAUAAUAAUUUACGUCCUUGGAAUGUUGGUGAUAUCGAUUUAAUGGUAACACGUCAUAAUAUACCUGGUUUUUAUACCAUGUUUUAGCUGUGUUCUAGUGAUAUGAUUGGCACAUAAUUUUGGGUCUUAUUCAUAGACAUUUAAAGUAUUAAAUGUCUGUGGUCUUAUCAUGUUUAUAUGACAUUCCUUUAGAUGUUUUUCGUCAGAUAGUAUAGUUUAUUAGUAGUUAAGUGAUAGGAUUAUGCAUCCAACUGAUUAAAGAAAUUGAUACAUGACCAUUUCUUGCUUGCAAUGAUUUAAGCAAAGAUUGGCAAAGAUACAUUUCGUAAUUCGAAAUUAACUAAGCAUUCCAAAACAGUAUUUUGCAAUAAAAUCCUUUCUUUACGCGGCAGCGUAGACUUAAAGACUUGUACUUAAGUAUUAUUAUCAAAUUGAAUUUAUUAUAUCAUUACUAUUAAGAAUGUUUCCAAUAAAGUUUUAAUUACGUU